AUGCCAAUAUCGGGUUGCAUCAUUUUCUCACUGGUUGAGGGUAGUUUUUUCGCACCAAUCGCUUUGGCUAGGUCUGCUCAGUUUUUCACCCUAAACGUUGGUACCAUAAAGAAUGCGACUACAGAUAAACAUGGAACAUUUGGAUUCGCUAAAAACGUCCGGCUUCGGCUGCACUUGAUGGUAAAAAAGAGUCCCACUGUCGGUUUGAACGAGCCAACUUGCAUACAAUCCACGGCCGGAAGCAAUCUGAUUUAUCCUCCCUCGGUCGAAUGUGAAGAAGCGAUGGGCGCUAGGAUUAUCUCUUAA